AUGUUCAGAAGAAACGUCCAAUUAACCGCGAGAAGAUUCAACUCGCACCACUCGUUUGGUACUUCGAAGUUGAUUAACGGCCCUGCUUUCCCCCCUAACAAGGUCAACGCCCAAGCCGGGAAGCAGUGGGUUGAAAACAUCAACCACAAGGUCGAACACUCCGAAUCCAUCACCAAGUUGUGGAAGAAAUUGACCUACCUUGUCGCCAUCCCCGCCAUCAUCUUGACCGCCAUCCCCGUCGGUAAGGUUGAAAAGGAACACGCCGAGCACCGUGAACACUUGGCUCACGUGCCCGACUCGGAAUGGCCCGUUCAAUACGACUACCAAAACAUCAGAACCUCGAAGUUCUUCUGGGGUAACGGUGACGAAACCUUGUUCUGGAACCCUGCUAUCAACAGACACAUUGAAGAGUAA